UAUAGUAUACUUGUGGUCAAAAUCUAUAAUUAUAAUUAUUGAUUAUUGGUGCUCUUGUGGGGAGAAUUUGAAGACCGGAAGUGUUUAGGUCAGCAUUAACAGUUGUUUUGUUGUGAUUACAGCGGUCGAACAUUGGGACCCGUGGUUACCAGAUUCUCUAUUUAAGGAUGGAACAUAUUGACUGCAACACAUUCGAGAGUUGGAUACAAAGCACUUUUGUCUAUUUAACUGGAUUUGUUCGAAGGAUUUAAAAAUGGAACGGACCGGUUUGUUGAUCUGUAUUGGUUUGCUCGGAUAUUUCCACGGCAUAAGUGCUGCGGCAUUGGGAGCGGCAUGUUCAGUGGACGGCGAUUGCACCGUUCCUGCGACUACCGACACCAAAUGUCAGGAUUCCGUUUGCAGACUGCUGGUAACCAAAAGUUGCACAAGCAACACGGACAAGUGCGUUGCCAACGCAGAGUGCGGAACAGGAAGCCUUUGUGUGUGCAAGACGGGGUAUGCAGCAAGCGCUGCUAAUCUCUGCCUAGCAAGUCUAGGGACAACAUGCGCUGCUAACGCAGACUGCGAUACCACCACAGUAACAGGAACACUCUGUGACACGUACCGGUCUGCGCCUGUUUGUGCGAUUGGGGCUGCGGCUACAUGCACAGCAAACACAGACAAAUGCGUGUAUGGAGCAACUUGUUCAACGACUUGCACAUGUGGAACUGGCUAUACGGCGACUACCAAUAUGUGCCUUGCGAGUCUUGGAACCGCAUGUCAAGCUACCACGGGGUGUGCAACAACAGUGGCGGGAACAGUUUGUGAUGUAUCAGCUUCCACUGCAAUUUGCGCCAUAGGUGCGGGUUCAUCAUGCACCGGACAGACAACAAAAUGUGUGAGUGGUGCGACAUGUUCAACAGUCGGAACACUGUGCUCGUGCAACACCGGAUAUAAAAGACUAUUUGACAACACGUGUUAUUUAUGUUCUGGAACUGCCGGUGUUGUUGCCUCAAUCGCGCUGAUAUUUACGCUUCUUGGAACAGCAGUUUUCUAAAUGAUGCCUCCAGAUGGCAAUAGAAGAGACUUUCAGUUGUUGGUUUUGUUGUGUGUCUUUUUUUCUUCGUGAUCUUUAGUAUCAGACAACAAUUGAUAUCGUGUGAUGUACGGCAAUUAACAACAUUAACAUACAUAUUGAAUUUUAACAAACAUGUGAUAUUGUAUGCUGUGUUUAACAAUCGCUGUAUAAUGCAUUGCAUUGAAUGAACACGAUGUAAUUGUUAUUUGUGAUUGAAUAAAACUAUUA